AAUGGCAGUAGCGGACUACCGGGCCGGUGGCGGUAGUAGCGGCGACUGCGAGCGCAGAUUCCUCUUACGGGGCGCGGCUAGGGCUCCACACCAUGGCGGCGGCCGAGACCGAGACGGCGGCGGCGCUGCAGGAGGAGGUCAACGCACUGCAGAUGCGCGUGCAGGAGCUAGAGAGGGAGAACCAGAGGCUGGUCAAGGUUGCUUCGAGCUGUACCUGCGGAUUCAAGGAUGGUAGUGUUGGGUCUAUUGCAGUUGCCAGUUCAUGUUUAUAUGGAAGUAACCCAGAAGCACAGCGCGAUGGGAAAUUCCAUCAAAGUAGCGCUUUGGAAAAAGAUUUGAACGCUCCAUUUGAUCACACAGUAAUAUCUACAAAAAAUGAAAUACAGUGCAGCAGAAAUGUGGAAGGGAAUGGUUUGCCUGAUGAUUCAAGCAAACGGACUAAAAGAAGAGGUCGCCAGGAUGGGAUUUUAAGUCACUGCUCAAAGCGACUAGUUGCUCUCAAAGUCAUGUACUUCGGCCAGAGAUUCUAUGGCUUUUCUUCAGAAGGUAACACAGAGCCAACAGUGGAGUCUGAGAUUUUCAAAGCACUGGAAAGAGCAAAACUUAUGGUUGGCAGUAGAAAAGAAUCAUGUUACUCGAGGUGUGGGAGAACUGACAAAGGAGUUUCUGCUUCUGGACAGGUGAUUUCCUUGUAUCUGCGAUCGAACAUAAAGGAUGUUGGAGGGGACAUGCAAGAUGAAAGAUCUGAAAUUGAUUAUGUGAAGGUAUUGAACAGAAUUCUUCCACAAGACAUACGUGUACUAGGUUGGUGUCCUAUUCCAGCAGAUUUUCAUGCAAGAUUCACCUGUUUGGGCAGGGAAUAUAAAUACUUAUUUUGGAAGGGGGGCUUGGAUAUAUUGCAGGAAAUGCAGAAAGCUGCAUCCAAAUUUGUUGGAGAACAUGACUUCAGGAAUUUCUGUAAAAUGGAUGCAGCAAAUGUGAGUAACUAUAGGCGGCGCAUUACAGAAUUUACUAUUUCUGCAUGUGGCAAAAGGUCCAACAAUGAUGAGCUGUGCUCCAUGACGAUCAAGGGUACCGCUUUUCUGUGGCACCAAGUUCGCUGCAUGGUAGCUGUGCUAUUUCUAAUAGGUCAAGGCCUUGAGUCACCAUCUGUAAUUGAUUCACUAUUGGACAUUACUAAAACUCCUAGGAAACCUCAAUAUAAAAUGGCAGCUGAGCUUCCAUUGAUUUUGCGAUCUUGUCUAUUUGAUAAGGCUGACUUUAUGUGUUCAUCAGAUGCGAGUCGGUCUCUAACUCUGCACUUGAAUGAUGAGUAUCAUCAUUAUAUGCUCCAAGCUGAAAUAUUUCACGAGGCAUUGUCCUGUUUACCUUUUCCAGAAUCUAAUUCACUGGAAAAACUCCAGAAGAAGAGGAAUCAUAUUCCUCUCCUAUCAAGACAAACAGAGCCCUCUUAUGAGGAGCGUAUAGCAAAAGUCAAGACAAAGUUGACUGAUAAUCUUAGCAUAGCAUCUUGAAUAGUAGCAUUUAUACUCCGAAGAGAAAGCAUGGAACCAUAGAAAGAUCAGUCCUUACUAGUGCAGAUUCUGCGGUAACUACAACCUUCAGGCGUCGCUCCUCAAAGCUGGAUGGGUUCAUGAACUUAAAGCAGCUUGAUGAUAGUGAACUGGAUCUGUUUCGCAUUUGGGGAUGGAAAAUAGGUGGGAUCAAGACUGAGUGGGUUUCAUCAUUUUAAGGGUUUUCUACCAUUGGUUGCAGUCUAUUCGAGCCAUUCGACAAUCAGCAGCAAUUGAAAUGUAGAACAUACAGACUGGAGUAGAUCGGCCUCCUACUUUUGGGGACUUGUCAGUGUCGUGUGCUUCAUAGAGCUCAAGUGUCUUGUAUUCUGAAUGUGCUGUAAACUAGUAUAGCGAUGAUGUAAUGCUAUCAGCUUAUUCUCGCAUGCUGCUGUACCAAGUAUCCAUUGCAAAAGGAGGUAGCGAGCCCUGCAUGUUUAUUCCCCUUAAAAGGUGGCUAUGCAUGCCAAGUUUACUUGCACUCGCAUCUAAGCAACAUUCAUUUCUGUAACGACGACUGCGUUUUACUCAAGGCAGAAUCAAUUGGUUUCUCAUGUGCCCA